AUGUAUGAGGACAUUGCAGUAAUCGGGAUUGGAUGUAAUUUCCCUGGAGGUGAAGGUCUUGACAACUUCUGGAGGGUUCUAGUUGAGGGAAAGAACUGUACUGUAGAGAUUCCAGAUGAACGGUUUGACUGCUCAUCCUGGUACGAUCCUGACGACAGCAGACCUGGAAAAACACAGACUACCAAGGCAGCUCUUAUAGAUGGAUUUAAUGAGUUGGACCACAAGUUCUUUGGCAUUACUGAGGCAGAGGCAGACUUUAUGGACCCCCAGCAAAAGCUGCUACUAGAGUGCUCCUACAGAGCCCUGGAGGAUGCUGGGAUACCCAUGGAGAAGAUCAGCGGGACCAGGACUGGAGUUUACAUAGGCCUCAUGAACAGGGACUAUGAGACCCUGCUAAACAACAGCCCGAGCACAAUAACCCACUAUAAUGGCACUGGGACAGCUAUGAGUGUGGCUGCCAACAGGAUCUCCUACACAUUCAAUCUCACUGGGCCUUCAUUUGCCAUUGAUAGCGCUUGCUCCUCGUCUUUAGUAGCACUUCACUCUGCCUGCCAGGCCAUCAGACAAGGUGAUUGUGAGAUGGCUCUUUGUGGAGGAGUCAACUGCAUUCUUGAGCCAAGAGUCUUCGUGGCUCUCAGCAAAGCCAAGAUGAUCUCAUCUGAUGGCACCAGCAAACCAUUCUCCAGCAGAGCAAAUGGAUAUGGCAGGGGAGAAGGUUGUGGAGUUGUCCUGCUGAAACCUUUGAGGAAGGCUCUUGAAGGCUUUCAUCAUAUAUGGGGCAUUAUCAGCAAAACAGCAGUAAACCAAGAUGGUCGCACUGUCACUCCAAUCACCAAGCCGUCCAUGGUCCAGCAGGAGGAACUUCUCAGGAGGAUCUACUCCACAGAGAGUGACCUGACGAGUGUCCAGUACAUAGAGGCUCAUGGGACUGGAACACCAGUAGGUGACCCAAUAGAAGCAGGGAGCAUCUCUAACGCCGUCGCCCAAGCUAGGCCUCGUGGAUCAGAGACAAUCAUUGGCUCUGUGAAAGGUAACAUAGGACACACUGAAUCAGCAGCUGGUGUAGCAGGAUUGAUUAAGGUUCUUCUAAUGAUGAAACAUGAGACCAUUGUCCCCUCAUUGUUCUACUCAGAGGAAAGUUCAAGCAUUGAUGCUAAAGCUUUAAAUAUAAGGAUUCCUACGGAAGCAGAGAAAUGGAAGCAGACAAAUCCCGGUGGUAGAGUGGCUGGCGUCAAUAACUUUGGCUUUGGGGGCACCAAUGCCCAUGCUGUCAUAAGGGAACACAUACAAACACCUAAUUCAAUUCUUGCCAGAUCUGAGACAAGAAAAUGCUUCACUCUUUCAGCCAUGACAGAGACGUCCCUCAGGAUGUGUAUUUCAGACACUCAUCAAAGGCUUAGCACAGGUGAACCAGUAGAUCUAAAAAACAUUGCUUACACGUCAGCGUGUAGGAGAGGUCACUUAAAACAUAAAUACAGGAAAGCAUUUUUGUCAUCUUCAGUUGCAGAACUAAAAGAACAGCUUAGGAUGGCUCUCGAUAAAAAGAUCAUCCCAUCCAAGCCAGACUUGAAGUUGGUGUUUGUGUUCUGUGGCAAUGGAGUCACCUACAGAGGCAUGUGUAAACAGCUGUAUAAAGAACCUAUUUUUCGAGAGAAAGUAAGGGAAGUGGAAAAUCUUUUCCAGAAUCACAGGAGCACAUGUAUUUCCCAGAAGAUAGUGAAUGAUUAUGACAACGAUGACUAUUCCAAACCAGAGGUUGUUCAACCCUUGCUCUUCGCCAUUCAGGUUGCACUUGUAAAUCUUCUGAAACAUUGGGGCAUCAGACCAGAUGCUGUUCUUGGGCAUUCUGUAGGAGAAGUUGCUGCUGCACAUUGCUCUGGGCUGUUAUCUCUUGCGGACGCUGUCAAGGUGAUCUACUACCGAAGUGCUUUGCAGGGAAGUGUCACUGGCGGGAAAAUGCUUGUGGUUGGCAAUGUAGCUGUUGCUGACAUUUUGAAAAUCCUAUCGUCUUACACAGCAAAGGUUUGUCUGGCGGCUAUAAACAGUCCUGUAUCCUGUGUAUUAUCAGGUCACAAAGACGCAGUAGACAACCUGCACCAAAAGCUGAAAACUUCAGUUAUGACUAAAAACCUCUUUCUCCAUGUUUUGGAUGUUCCCGCUGCUUAUCACAGUCAUAUGAUGGAUCCUAUAUUAAGUCAGAUCAAAGAAAGUAUAGGAGCUCUAGAUGUAAAUGAAAUGGAUUGUGAACUUCUUUCAACAGUUACAGGGAAGACAUCAUCUGCAGAGGACUUUACCACAGGUGAAUACUGGGCAAGGAACAUCCGUGAGCCAGUUGCAUUUCAACAGGCAAUAGAAUCAGCAGUCAAGGACAAAACGAAUGUGGUUUUCAUAGAGAUAAGCCCAAGGAGGGCUUUGCAGAGGAACAUUAUGGAGGUGCUAGGGAAUGAUAUUACCGUUUUGUCUUCAGUGCAGCCAGACAGAGACCAUGAGACACUUGUUAGUACUGUGGCUAGACUUUUUGAGCUAGGGUCUCAAAUAGCCUGGGACAGUGUCUACAGAGGGUCUGAGAGCCAAACAAUGGCCUUCCCCAGGUACCAAUUUGACUGUCUCAAAAAAGAGGUUAACUUUGAGUCUGUGAGGCAAGGGAAUGACAUUUUACCCCAUUCUGUGCAUCCUCUACUGACACAGAUGAAGAGAAACAGCAAACAGUUUAAGUGUAAUCUCUCAUCCAAUGUUACAUCCUACCUUUGGGAGCACAAAAACAAUGGAGUUGUGAUUGCACCUGGUUCUCUGUAUGUGGAGCUAGCUUUGGAAGCUGCUAUGCAGUUCAUCAGGCCAAAGAAGCCUCUGUGUUCUCUACAGCUUAGCGUUACGUUCCAGAGCUUGUUUGUGCUCAGCAAGGAGUCCAAUCAAUUGACAGUGCUUCUUGAGCCAUCUGAUGGCAAGACCAGAUUUGAAAUACGGUCUUCGUCCACUGUGCAUGCAUCUGGCGCCAUUACCUAUGGAACAGGUCCAGCAGUUAUAGAGGAAGGGGUCAUCAGUUGUAAUACUGUCUCAAAAAGGUGCCCAGUGGUUAUUACAAAAGAGGAGGUAUAUUCCCACCUCUCAUUGGCUGGAUUUGAAUAUGGGCCUACAUUCAGACUACUGGAUGAAAUUUGCUAUGGAGGAGAGUUCAGGGAGGCCCUGACCACCAUCACAGUUCCAGAUGAACUGCUGAGCCAACUGUAUGAGUACAGGUUGCACCCUGUGGUACUGGACUGUUUCCUACAGAUGACAUCUGUGGUGGCUCAAGAUGGGAGCUGUGCAAUACCUUGUUUCCCCUCUGCCAUUGAAAGGGUGGUGAUCUCCAGACCACUGCAGAGGGUGAUGAUCAUGUAUCUGAGGGUGACUCAAGAGACAUAUGAAUUUUAUGAGGUGUGUGGCUGUUUUGCAGACCCUUUGGGUCAUGUGUUAGUCGAACUAAAAGAUUUGAGGAUCACAUUUGUGCAAGGAUGCCCUCAGGUUGUUGAAUUCUUUCACAAUGACUUUAGAUCCUUUACAUAUGACAUGAGCGUUGGAAACAGCCCGAAAGCCUUAGUAUUUGAAGAUACUCUGGGAGUAGCUAAAGCUCUAAAGCCUUAUUUACACCCACAAUCUACUUUUGUUUCCCUCUCAAAACCGGCCCCAUCCGUUCCUGCUUUGCUCACUCAAUGCCUUGAGACCAAAGCUGGUGUGGAAUUUACAGAAGUUCUGUUCAUGUGGGGAAUUCAAGACCUGAGCCAAAUGAAAAUUGAGACUAUUCUGGACAGUUUAGUCGAAUGUUGUGAAUUCUACCGACAAAUUGCACUUACUUUGAGGGAGUACAGCUGCUCAUAUUUCAUACGCGUGAUCACCUACAGAUCAUCUGGUCAUAUUGUUGAUCAUAUCAGUCCUGGCUUUGUUUUGUCAGGUAUGACAAGAGCCCUCGCAGCAGAGAUGUCAGGCUUCUCGUUUCAAUUAAUUGACCUGGCAUCUGUGUCGAAUGAAGACAUACAGGUGUUAGCCUAUGUCAUUAGCUGCCAGCAGAGCAGACAGCACCCAGAGAUUAUGAUAAGCAAAGGUCAGGUUCAUUUAGCCACCAUAACAAGAAGUCCAUUUCAUGAUUCUAGAAAUACAGAGACAUGCAUCCAUUCUUUGCCAUCUCAAAGAUUUACCCUACAGACUGCAGAUCCCUACAGGAUGGGUAAAUUGUCAGCGGUUACAGUUAGUUUUGAUGAUGACCCCAUUCUGGAUAAAACUUUGGAAGUUAGACUUAAUAAAAUAUGUGUCCAUUCAUCUGACUACUUUCCAGUUAGUAUCUCUGACUUUAAAUUUGGUCGGACAAUGUACUGGUCCAAGCACUCCACCCAGAGCCACAAGCUCCUGGCUCUGGACUUCUGUGGCACCGUCACAGCUGUGGGGAAAGGUGUGAGGAAACUGAAAGUAGGAGACCACAUUGCAUCCUGCUACCCCAUUAUUGCUUCCUCUAAGAUCAUAAUUCCUGAGGAAGUAUGCUACAACAUUGCAAAACUUCCAUUUUUAAGAGUCCCAUGUGUCUCGUACUUUGUACUUGCAAGGGAAAUCUUUGACAAUGUAUUACCCAAAGACAAACCGAAAAUGGCCAUGACAGUUCUUUCAUCGGUUCCCAAAACUUUAGCGAAGUUACUUGUUGAGGUAGGAAAGACUAAGGGGUUGAAUGUGAAUAUCCAGACAGAGAUAAAUGACCAAAAUGCUGACUGUGCCGUUAUCAUCCUGCUGCCUCCUUAUGAUCAGUCUUUGGUGGUGAGUGCAAGCAGAAUAUCUUCAGUGAAGCACAUAGUAGUUGUCUGUAAUGAGGAAUUGACCUCACUCUCGCAUCUUAUUCAACAAAAAAAUCGAAAUGUCUGCGUCCACGUUCUGAAAACGUCUAGUGUUUUUCAGAAAGCCAACCUUAAAAGAGAGGGUCCAUAUCUGGAUCACUGGCUACAUGGGAUGACUUUUGGUAAGAUCUGUAUGACCAUACAAGAAAACACCUUUCAGAGAGAAGUCUUUCCUGAUAGGACAUCUUGCACACAAUCUCACUCAUACUUUAAUGUGGAGAACAUCUCUUUGAUUGUGUGCACCAAGAAUGAUUCUAUUCAUACGGAAACAAAUGUCCCCUUGCUCCCACAAGCCAAAGAACUCUUCAGAAAGAGGAGUGUGUACAUCGUAUCGGGGGGGCUAUCUGGGCUGGGGCUAGAGACGGUGAAGUUCAUCGCUCACAGAGGCGGAGAGUACAUUGUUUCCCUCUCCAGGAGUGUGCCCUCAGAUGAGAUUCAGCACAGAGUCAGUGGACUACAAAGGCAGUAUGGAGUCUCUGUGAUGACUCUCAAGUGUGACGUCUCAUUAGUCAAAGAUGUAGUGGAAGCUUUCACAGCCAUUGGCCAGAGGUUUCCCUCCUGCCCCAUCCGAGGUGUGUUCCACAGUGCAGCUGUGCUACACGAUGGCUUGAUUGAGACCCUUGACAGCUCACAUUUUAAGAAAGUGCUGAAACCAAAAGUGAGUGGAGCUUUAAACCUGCACUAUGCAACACUGCACAGCAAACUCGAAUACUUUGUUUGCUAUUCCUCCAUCUCCUCUUUCCUGGGAAAUGCCUCUCAAACUAACUAUGCCGCUGCCAACUCUUUUUUGGAUAUCUUUUGUCAUUACCGCCGCAACCUUGGACUUGCUGGGCAGGCCAUCAACUGGGGACCCCUUAACCUGGGCCUUCUACUGAACAAAGUACAUUUUCAAAGGUUCUUAGAAGCAAAAGGGUUGACAAUCAUGGAGGUCUCGGAGACACAUGAGGCCUUGGCGCGAUGCUUGUUGACAAACAACACGCAACAGGUCGUUUGUAAAUUUAAUUUCAGAAACCUGCAGAACCAUGUCCUUUCUCAAAACGCGUCUCUCAGGGUACGACUGUCGCCACUGGUAGAACAGGAGCUCGAGAUGAGAGGGCAAGAGACAGAGCCAAAGGUUCACCCUGUGAACACUGAGGAGGAUUAUGUGAAAAGCCUGCUUAGUGACCUGAGUAAUGCUGACAUUUGUGAGUUGAGAGAGAGCAGUACACUUACUUCAUUAGGUAUUGAUUCGAUGUCUGCCAUGACUAUGCAGAACCACAUAUUUAAAGACUGGGGUGUGACUGUGCCGUUGGUAAAGAUACUGGAUCCCAAUUGCACCAUGUCCAGUCUAGUUCUAAUCCUAAAGCAGAGUACUGAUGUGGGUAUUGAAUAAAUUGUAAAUUUGCCCAGAAUCCUUUCCUAUAUAAAGUUUCAUUGGUAAAUACCAGUUAACAGAGCAGCAGGAAGCUAUAAGGUAUAAGGUUGAACCUAUGAGAUAUAAGGUGUAACCUAUGAGGUAUAAGGUUGAACCUAUG